GCGCCGGCGGGCGGCCGCGGCGUCCGACUGACCGACGCGGGAGGCUCCGCGCCCGUUCGCAGCGCGCGGCCGGCAUGGCGACGCGGAGAAGCGCCCCGGGGGCGCGGGAGCGGGAGGGUCCUUUUGCCCCCGCCGCAGGAAGUGACCAGGUUCACUCCUGGAUGCUAGCCACCAGCCAGGCUUUGGGUGCCGCGUGGAGGCUAGCGAAGGGGUCAGUGAUGUUGGCAGCGGCUUGUCUGGUGGCUGCCCUGUGCUACUGCAGGAGGAUGCACUGUGAUCUAGGGCACUGGCUGAAAUGGUGGAUUGGCUAUCUGCAGAGAAAAUUCAAAAGGAACCUCAGCGUCGAGGCUGAGGUUGAUCUGCUCAGUUACUGCGCAAGAGAGUGGAAAGGAGAGACGCCACAUGCCAAGCUGAUGAGGAAGGCUUACGAGGAGCUGUUUUGGCGGCAUCACAUCAAAUGUGUCCGACAAGUGAGGAGAGACAACUAUGAUGCCUUGAGGUCAGUGCUGUUCCAGGUCUUCAGCCAGGGCCUCUCCUUUCCGUCCUGGAUGAAAGAGAAAGACAUCGUGAAGCUUCCUGAAAAACUGCUCUUUUCACAAGGUUGUAAUUGGAUCCAGCAAUACAGUUUUGGUCCUGAGAAGUAUACAGGUUCCAACGUGUUUGGAAAAUUACGUAAAUGUGUGGAAUUAUUGAAAACACAGUGGGCUGAAUUUAGUGGAAUUAAAGAUUACCACAAAAGAGGAAGUAUGUGCAACAUCCUUUUUUCUGAUGUUCUUCUGGAAUAUAAACUAUAUGAAGCUUUAAAGUUUAUCAUGCUCUAUCAAGUCACUGAAGUUUAUGAACAAAUGAAGACUAACAAGGUCAUUCCCAGUCUUUUUCAACUCCUGUUUGCCCGGGAAACAUCAUCUGACCCUUUAAGCUUCAUGAUGAACCACCUGAAUCCUGUGGGCGACACGUGUGGACUGGAGCAGAUCGAUAUGUUUAUUCUUGGACACUCCCUUGAAAUAAAGAUCAAAGUGUUCAGACUGUUCAAGUUUAACUGCAGAGACUUCGAGGUCUGCUACCCAGACUUGCCGCCCAGGGAGUGGCCAGAGAUCUCCCUGCUGACGGAGAAUGACCGCCACUACCACGUUCCUGUCUUUUAAGUCUGGUGUGGACUGGGCACCAGCUCUCGCCAGUGACAGCAGGCACACUUUCAAGGAAAGUCCAGAGGGAAAACCAAAGGUAGCAUUGCAGCCCCUGAAAGGCUGAGGACCUUCUUCUCUGGAGGGGCAGGUGCGCUGGCCACAGGACUGCGUGAAUGGCGUUCCUUUGUUUUCCAGCAAUUUCCUCCAGACCAGCCUCACUAAUAUUUGUGGGUUGGUGGUUUGACCUUGUUCAUAUGGGCUCUGGUCAUUUCACAUGGGGCAGGCUUUUCAGGGCACAAGGACGGCAAAUUUGGGCAGUACAACAGGAAAAAUUUGAGAGGAAAAGGGAAAAAGGACGAACAGGAAAGACUUUGUCUCUAACCUUGAUGUUCUCGUUAGGAACCUUGUCUUUGACUGAUUUUGGAUCUUCACAAGUGUGGCCUUAUUUUAGAAGCAUUACCUUCCCCGGAAUCUUUACAGUAUAUUGAUUUUUCUAGAACCACUUGAUUAACUGUAAAGUCAUGUGUGUGUUUGUGUGUGUGUGUGUAUACACACAUAUACACGUGUGUAUACAUUGUAUAGUUUUGUAUAUACAUAGAUGAACACAUACACAAAUAAUCACUACUUUGCAAUGUUGUACAAUUUGUUUUAUAUCGCUUUAUGUUUUUUUGGUUACUGUUGCAUCCGUCCAGUCCAAUCUGUUUUAUAUGGGUAAAAAAGAUUAAUUCUAUAGGUUAAGGCAACUGAAUGACAAUUACUGAACUAUUACAAAACAUUAAACUGUGGUGUAUUUA